UCCAUUCGUCCUUUUCCUUUUAUUUACACCACAUAGCCCCACCCUCACCCUCUUACAGAAUGGGAAGGACUCCGGUCAGGUUUGAGAGGGUAGCGGCGGCCUUUGACGCUGACGUGGCGCGUGUGAGGCUCUGCAAUAGCAGCGAGAAUGAGCAGCACUCGCCGGAGGACUCGGCUGAUUUGUCAGAUCUGGUGAAAUCGUUCAUGGAGAGAGGGGGAGAGGGAGAAGAUGCGGUUGGUGUUCGUUCGGAUGAUGGGGUUGAGAAUUUUGAUUCUGAGAAGAGGGAGAUUUUGGAGGGAAUAUUUGAUGAUGACGACGGGGAUGCCAAAGAAAAGAUUAGAAGAGAAGUUCAACUUGCAUGGGGGCUUGUUGCCGAAAAGGAUAACUCAUCACCCCAAUUCAAACAACAGUUGAUGUCUCUCCUACGGUACAGAGGUUUUGAUGCUGGGCUCUGCAAAUGCAAGUGGGAAAAAAAUACAAGAUUCCCAGCUGGUGACUAUGAGUACAUCGACGUAAAUUUUGCAGGAAAUCGCUACAUUGUUGAAAUUUCCCUUGUCACAGAAUUCGAAAUAGCUCGUUCCACAGACCAAUAUGCCGCGUUACUUGAUGUUUUCCCUCUAAUAUUUGUUGGUAAAAUGGAAGAACUCAAGCAGGUUGUGAGGCUAAUGUGCACUGCUAUUAAGGGUUCUAUGAAAAGCAUGAAUAUGUAUAUACCUCCGUGGAGAAGAAUUGGGUACAUGCAAGCUAAGUGGUUUAGUUCUUACAAAAGAAUAACGGACGAGGUUGCAACUAACAGGGCAUCAUCAGCUUUUUUCACUACAAGGUCCAUUGGAUUUGAUGCAAGGCCAGUGAAAUCCUACAAUUGCAGGGAUGAUUAUGGGACUAAACCUGCAUUCAGAGUUUGCCAUUUGACUACUGCAUUUUAUGUGGACAGCCCUGGGAUGCAAUUAUAGUCAAAUGCUGCGGCAUGUGCAUUCAUCUAAUUGCUUUUUGGUGAAUUAAUGGUGUUGAUAAAUGAGUGAGUGGAAGUGCCUUAGCUCGGGCAUAAAAAGCGCUUAAGCAAAGAUUUUGGUGCAGUGUUCUGGCGGAAUUUUGUUUUUAUUACUAGGGAUAGUAUCAUAGCAAGGAUGAUUGGUAGGAGAUAAUAAUUAGUGAAAUCAAUGUAAAGUAGAUAAUUGGUUGGUUGGUUGCUCCAAAAUGUAAUUUCUCUUCAAAUUAUAUAUAUUAGUGAUGGUUGUGUUUCAUACAUG